AGCCACAUAUCCGACAUCACCUGAAGGAAGCUUAAUUAAGCACGGACUGUGAAGUUCGUGUGUAACAAACUCUUAUUCGUGAAUCCGUCAGGUGGUGAAGUCAUAAUCCUGGCUGCUAAAUAAAAAGACCAGUAUAAGGUUUCCCAACAAUAGUUUGGUUACGGUUGGUGUUUACUGGUACUAGUUUUAUUUCCAAAGACUUGGUGUAAAAGCAACAGUGGGCGGUUUUUGACCGACUAGUAAACGUCUAUGAAGCGCACAUGGGCCGCCGCUCACCGACGGUCUGAACCAGACUUUGUCGCAAGUUCGCGCGUCUCUGCAGAAACACAGGAAGAGGUGUAGAAACGGAUGUGUGACAAUGACCCGAGCUGUGAACGCGACCAGGCACCGUCUGCUUUAUCUCUGAGGCUUUAGCGACACAUGAGACCCACCAGCUACCGCUCUGUUUGGAUUACUCAGGCCACCGUGGGACCACAAGAGUGAGUUUAACUGUAGCCAGCGUCUGAGGAAACAUGGGGACUCAGGGCACAGGACGGAAAAGGUCCACCAAGAAGGAGAGGUCGACAGCAGAGGACGAUGCCCUGAACCUAAUAGCCAGAGAGGCUGAGGCCAGGCUGGCAGCAAAGAGGGCAGCGAGGGCAGAGGCCAGAGAGAUCCGCAUGAAGGAGCUGGAGAGACAACAGAAAGAGAUCUUCCAGGUGCAGAAGAAAUAUUAUGGCUUGAGCACCACAUUAGAUGACAGAGCGGACCGCAAAUGGGGAGAUAUUGAACAAUGGAUGGAGGACAGUGAGAGAUACUCACGUUCUUCACAGAUGCGCACGUUCUCAGACGACGACGAGCGGAUGUCGGUGGGAAGCCGGGGCAGUGUCAGGGGCUCACAUAAGAAGUCAAAGAAAAAGAAGAAAUAUAAAGACAAAGAUAGGAAUGGCUGUGAUGAUGAUUACAGUGUUAUGUCCAGCAGGAGCUCCAGAUUGAGUGAUGACAGCCGACCUUCUCGUGCGUCCAGAUUAGACCUGCAGCCGGCUUCUUAUGCUUCCUCGGACUUGUACGGUCUCAACGGCCUGUCCACCACAAGAAACCCAGUUUCAGCUUUCAAUGGUUACCAGAGUUCCUUGUAUGAAGACGGUCUCUGCAGUGGAUCACGGCGAGUCGCUGGCUCCAGCUCCCAUCCUUUAGAUUACACUAGCUAUCGCAGCUCUGGCUCCAGAACCUCCAGCAGGGCCGGUUCAGCCCGCGCCAGCCCGGUGGACAACUGCAGCUCAGUUGCCAGUUAUUUAAGAAGUGCAGCUGGUAGCAGUGGCCUCCGCGGGGACCUGGACAGUGUUACUAUUCCUGACUUUUCAGAUGUGAGUCGUUUUGCACUUGCCAGAGGCCGAGGCUGUGAUGUGGAGGACAAAGAUUAUCUUGAGAAGGGAUCUCGAGCUGCUUCUACCUCAACAGGAGCAACCCUCACCUCCUUAGGUGGAACAUCCUCCCGGAGAGGAAGCGGAGAUACAGCUAUAUCUGUAGACACUGAGAACUCCAUACGAGAAAUCAAGGAAAUUCAUGAGCUGAAGGAUCAGAUUGAAGAUGUGGAAGCCAAGUACACACAGAACCUAAAAGAAGUCAAGGAUGCCUUAGCAGAAGCUGAGGAAAAGUACCGUAAAGCCAUGGUGUCCAAUGCUCAGCUGGAUAAUGAGAAGAACAACCUGAUGUACCAGGUGGACACACUGAAGGACUCGCUUAUGGAGCUGGAGGAGCUGCUGUCUGAGUCACGCCGGGAAUAUGAGGAGAAAGUCAAGGAAUUUGAGCGAGAGAAACACGCCCACAGUGUGCUUCAGUUCCAGUUCAGUGAAGUGAAAGAGACACUAAAACAAAGUGAAGAGCUGCUAAAUGAGAACCGUCAGCUACGUAUGAAACAAGAUGGUUUUGUUAGAGAAGUCUCUGAUCUGCAGGAGACACUGGAGUGGAAGGAUAAAAAAAUUGGGGCCUUAGAGCGACAGAAAGAAUACACAGAUGCCAUCCGAAUUGAGCGAGAUGAGCUCAGAGAAGAGGUGGUGAAGGUGAAAGACAUUCUCAAGAAACAUGGUAUAGUGUUGGGACCCGAUCUGAACAUCAAUGGAGACAUUGGUGAGGCAGAAGUCGAUGGGCCCCCCAGUGGAGACUCUGCCCCCAGCCCGGCUCAAGAGUCACUGACCUCCCCAACUGAAGGGAACAGCAUCCUUGGCAGCACAGAGAAGAAUCAGUUGAGAAGUAGCAGAGAGGAAGACAUGGACCCAGGGCAGCAUGAAGAAAUGCUGAAUGAGGAAACUAGUGAGAAUCACUUGAGCUCUGAUGUGCUCUGUAAUGCUGGUGAUGUGAACACACUGGAAACACCUAGCAAAGAACAACCUACAGAAGAACAACAGACAUGCUUAUCCACAGAGGAAGAUGGUGUUGGUGAAAAUGGGCUCAACAAGGACUUAAAUGUUUCUAUUAAUGACCAUUCAGUCACAGAAUCUAAAGAUGUAAUCAUUUGUAGCCCAGAGGAAAGUGCUCUAGAAACAGAAACACAUGGUGGGGGAGAUUCAGGAGAGACAAGUAACCCAGAUUUAGGGGAGACAGAAACCAAAAGCAGCAGUGUUGAUAUUGUAGAGUCAUGUAACAAGGUUUUUGAAGAGCAAGAAAACAAAGAGGAAGACACUGAGGAAAGUAAACUGAGGAAUACAGAAUCAUGUCAUCAGCAAAAAGUCAUAGAAGAUGUUAGGAAAGAAAAUUUACCUGAUGGGUCCAUUUCAGCUGUAUCAAACACUGAACCUCAACAAGAGCCUGAGAAUGCUGAAGAGGCAGAGAACGAUGAGACAGAGGAAUUAUCCAGUAAAACUCAGCCUCAGGGUGCUCCUACUUCAGGCAAAAAGAAGAAAAAGAAGAAGAGAAGCAAAAAGAAAGGAGGGACUCAUGAGGAUAAGAACCAACAAAAACAUGGAACAGAGAAAGAAAGCAAAACAGAAGAAGGCAUACAGUCAGCUAAAAGAGGUAAUGGGUCAGCAACAGAACCCAAAACUGAUGGUUCUGUCAGUGAAACCUUCAAGGAAUCAAAGAUGGAUCAAAUUAGCAAUGAGCAGGGGGUGAAGGGAACUGAGAAAAUAGAUGCAGUAGAAGCAGUGGAGCCCACUGAAACUUUUCUACACAAAGAAGUAAGAAUGGAUCAUGUUACAAAUGAGCGGGACAAGGAACAAAGUUUAGAAGCUGAGAAACAGACACCCACUGAGACCCUUUGUCACAUUGAAUCUAGAGAUGAACCCACCAAGGAUAGACAGGGCAAAGAAGAAACUUUGGAAAGCGAGAAAGUAGAAGAAAUGGAAUCUGUGACAAGUCCUUGCGAGGCCAGUGUCAGUAUGCCUGAUCUUACUGACACCUCCAACAGUACUGAGAGCACUGGCUUUGACAAAUUACACAACUCUAAAAGUGGGGACAUCUCCGCUAAUAGUGAAGACAUCCAUAGUGAGUCACAAAUAGUUUAUCACAGAGAAGAUGAAGUUGGGUCUGAUGAUGAGUUGAAACCUGAAUUCACAUCUAACCCAGAGAGCAGCCUUGAAACAAAUGGUAAAGAAGACAUUGAAGCUGAAUCACAUCUUCCAAGCAACUGUGAUGUUGCUGCUGAUGAAUCCGAGUCCACAAACCGUUCUGAGAGGAAGGAUGACAUAUCAGUCUUGCCGCCAUUUACUUAUGAUUUCAGUCUUGAUCUCAAAAGCUCGUCUGUCUCAGAGCCACCAUCAGAGCCAUAUGUACCCAGGAAAUCACUUGGCAACGACAUCCUCAUCAAAGUUUCUGAUGUAAGAUCUGAGGAGGAGGCUGCUGGAGAUGAUGAGGAGCCAAGAACUGUGACUGAGCAACUUUGCUUUUCUCCCAGUGUCACCUCCCCAAGUCAUGAUGAUUAUUCAGAGCUAAAACAAGACAGCUCCUCCUUUUCUGUUCUUACUGGAAACUUAAGGGAAUCUGAAGAUUUUGUCAAGACAGAUGGCUCCUCAUACGAUGAACAACGUGACAGUCUGUGUCCUUUGGAGACUGUAGCUCAAGCUGAACAACUGGAGGAUAUGGCAAUCCAGACAUUAGUGUGUGUGGAUUUUAAUGAUGACUCAAACAUGAAAGUGUCUUGGCAAAUAGAAGCGAUCAAAACCACUGACAUGUUAAACAUGCCAGACUCUCCAAAAGAAGCUGUUGAGAUUGGUUCUUCGGUCAAGUGGGAAUCAGCUGUUGCAAAAGAUCCAGAACAUAAAACCAGUCCAGAUGAUAAGGAAAGUGAGACAUCUCUCUGUCCUUUGGCUGAGCAACUGCAGGAAUCCAGCAAAGACGAGUCUGAGGAUAAUGCUGUAUCUCAACCCAACCAACGCAACAGCGAUGAAGAGGAUGGUGACGAUGAGGAAGGGCAGUCUUUUGAUUUUGAUGACAUGGAUAUGGAAGCAGCUAUAGCAACAAGUCUCCCAAAAAAUCCAGAUCAGGAAAUUGUGGAGGAAGGAGCUGAAGUCAUAUCAGACCAAAGUACUGAGACAAAUAAAAAUAUGCAAGACAGGCCGGUUGAAAGCAGUGACGAGAAGCGUACGGUUGGUGAGGAUAACCAGGAAGCUACACCGCAUAAAGAAUCGGAUAAUACUCCUCAAGGCAACAACAACUCUUCUCAUGAGGAAGCCAUGUCUGCACAGGAGGAGGAUGUGGAAAAUGUGUGUGAAGAGCAGGUAAACACACCGAAAGAAGAAAUGUGUAUAGCAGAUGAGGCAAGGGACGUUACAGAGGAAGGAAAGGUUUUGAUUGCUGGAGAGUUAGGUGAUGUUGCAGAGGACAUUAACCAGGCAACAUCUGAACCAGUAGAGGAAGAAUUGGAUGCAAUUAAGCAUGAGGUGCAGGGUGAAGCCUUGGUUUUACCAAAGAGUGCAGACCAAGUGGGCAGCAGCACAGAGCCACCACAGUCAGGGAAGGAUGUGAAGAAGAAUGGUAAGAAAGGCAAAGGCAAAGAGGACUGUAAGAUGUCAUAGUUCACCAGCAGUACAGCAGAUCAUAUAAUGCACAGUAUAAAGAUUUAUUUGAUCUUCCUUUCGCUAGUUUUUGCUUGGCUCUUUACAAAGCGGUAAUGGAUGUGCAGAACCUCACAGUUCUGUGACAUGAACAUUAGUGUAAGUGUAUAUAUAUAUAUUUUAAAUCUGUAUUACUAGUCCAAGGUCAAAACAUCAGUUUUCAUUGAGACAGUAUGUGCAAAAAAAAAAUUGGUUUGUGGCGAUCUGAGAAUGUAAACUCGCUAACUGCAGGCUUUACUAUCGACAGUACAAUACCUGAGACAUCAGGUGACAGAUUUUUAGUUAUUGAUGCACAGUUGUCAUGCUGCUUAUGUUUCCUGGAUAGUAUUUCUCUGCAGCAUUAUCACAUCUGUUAUGCAAUAUGCAUUUCCAGGAACGUGUUCAUGUAUUCAUGUUAUAGGUGUACAAUAAAAACACAAAUGUUAAUUGGUAAUUUUUUUAUUGGGUCUAUUGUGAAGUAGCUUUUACAGUACAUGUUAAGAUAGUUCUGCUAUACCUGUGGUUGUGAAAGUUAAAACAUGCUCAAACCGUUUUGUUCACAGGAAUGAAUGUCUCUUGUUUGACUUAAACAUUGUCAUUACCAUCCACAAGGACUCUGAUAUCUAAAGCACAAAAAAUAAAUGUAUGUUUGCAUUUUGUUGCACUUACUGGAAAAGAUGAAUGUGGUGCCUCCCUUGUUAAAUGCCAAUAAACACCCUCCUGUUGCCA